GAUUACACGUCUGUAUAGCUACCCUAAAUCAGAAAUGUUGUCCCAAGCCCACUCGCGCUUGCGGUGGCCGAAAACUGCACAACUUCCUCGCAGUCGGCUUCGGACUUCAGCCCCCCGGCCGAUUCGUCUCAUAUGCAGCGCAGUAUCAGCUCGCAGGAGCUAUUACGAUAUUUUGGGUGUGGAGCAGACUGCUGCAUCGGAGGAAAUCAGGGCGGCAUACCGGUCGCUGGCGAAGGCGUUCCACCCGGACGUCAGCCAAGAGGAGGACUCGCACGAGGUGUUUGCGGAGAUCAACAGCGCCUACGCUGUGCUGUCAGACCCGGAGGAGCGCGGCCGCUAUGACUACCUGUGGCGCUAUGAGCAGGCUCGUCUGGAGGCCUCUGGCGGCGACCCCGACCGGCCCCUGACGCCCGAGGAGGCGGAGCGCGCGGCGGCCCUGGACAAGCUGGAGGAAGUGCACCGGGAGGCUGAGCGGGCGCGGCGGCUGGCGAAAGAGGCGCGGCGGGCGGCUGAGCGGGCCAAGCGGCAGGCGGCGGCGCAGGCACGCGAAGUAAAGCGCCAAGCGGCUGCGUCAGCCGCGGAGGCGGCAGCAGCUGCUGCUCGGAGGGCGGCUGCGGCCGGUACCGCUACAGCUGCAACGGCUGCAGCUGUAGCAGCAAGCGCGGCAGCGGCGUCGCAGAAACAGCCCGCAGCGGGCGCGGAGGCAGUGGGGGCGACAGCGACAACCGCGAGGGGGGGAGUGGGGCGCCAGGCGGAGCCGGCGCGGGGCCCAGCGGCAGAACGGGAGGCACGCCGCGCGGCGCGGGAAGCGGCGCAGGCGGCGAAGCGGAAGGCGCGAGAGGCGCGGCGGCAUGCAUCUCAGGUGCGGUAUUGGGCUCAGUGGGCCGAGCACGAGGUGAAGACGGUGCGCCAGACGGCGGGCCUGGAGCCAGUGCCGUCCUCGCCGGAGGAGCAGUUGCUGUGGGAGUGGCAGCAGCUCCAGGCGCGGCAGCAGCAGCAGCAGCAGGAGCAGCAGCAGCCGCGAUCAGGUCAGCGGCAGCAGGGGGGCCGGAGGGCGCGGGGCGGUGCCGCUCGGGGCCAGGAGGGCGGCGGCAGCGGUGGUGGUGGCGGCGGAGGCUGGGAGCCGCCGGCGCCGCCGCCUGAGUGACGCCACGUGGCCGCUCGCCUUGACAUCCAGCUCCUCCGAUCCCCAACAGCUCCGUCGCCAGGGGUCAGGAGUGCGGCGGUUUGCCCGGCGACGCGCGCUGGGGCUGCCUGCUUGAUCGCCAUGGAAGCGGCAGGUGCAACUGCACGUGCGCGCGGUCCCUUCCAGUUGACAGCUGAUGGCGGCGGGCGGCCGCCGCACCCACGCACACACGCGCAGCACAACACACACGCGCAGCACAGCGCAGCACGUUCCCCGACUGCGACACACGGCGACGCAGCUCGCCGCAGCGCAUGCGGUGCACCACCGGCACCCGCCCGCUGGCCUCCGGCCGCUCGCCACACCGCCGAGGCGGCGCUUCGGCGCUUCGCUCACGCACAGUCUCACCGCGGACGUGACCUCAUUUGGCGUGGGGUUUGAGUGUGUCGACGGAAUGCUGCGGCGUGGGAAGACGCGCAGGGUGGCGGCACAGAGUAGCGACUAGCGAGUGCGCUAUGCAGUCUAUGCUGCGGCAUCCCUGCGGCGUACCUGCAGCACGAUGUACGGUCACCAUUGCCAUGAUGGCGGGUCCUGCUUGUGCCGCAGCGCGAGUCUCCACUCAACCCGCCUUGGCUAGGGGGGGGGGCAUGUGGAUGCCCCCUGGCCGUGAUCGGAUCAUGCCACAGGACCAGCUCACCAGCAUCAGGGCGCGCUUCUGGCGCCCCCUCGUGCUGCUAGCUAAACGUGUUAGUUGCUUUAGGCUGCUCAUGACUCACGUGUGUUGGGGCACUCUACGGUGCCGUUUGCGGGUCUGAA